AUGAAGAUUCAGCAAGAGAAUAAAAAACAAGUUGAUCAACCUUAUCUUGAUGGCUGGCUCAAAAACACUCCACACAAGAAUGAAAACAUCAACCCAAACUCUAAUGCCGCUUACCUUGAUGGAUGGUUGAAAGAUACCAAGGAUCAAAAGGAAAAGACUAACCAAAAUUCCAAUCAAGUUUACCUUGAUGGCUGGUUGAAAGAUAGCCAAGCAAAGUCCACCCCCAACGCCAAUCCAGCUUAUCUUGAUGGAUGGUUAAAAGAUGGCCAAAAAGCAAAAUCCACCCCAAAUGGCAACCAAGCUUACCUUGAUGGAUGGUUGAAAGAUAACCAGGCUAAGAAGGCAAAAUCCACCUCAAACUCCAACCAAGUUUACCUUGAUGGCUGGUUGAAAGAUAGCCAAACAAAGUCGACCCCCAACUCCAACCUAGUUUACCUUGAUGGAUGGUUGAAAGAUGGCCAAAAAGAAAAAUCCAACCCCAACUCCAACCAAGUUUAUCUUGAUGGCUGGUUGAAAGAUAGCCAAGCAAAACCCAACCCUAACUCCAAUCAAGUUUACCUUGAUGGUUGGUUGAAAGACAUCCAAGCAAAGUCGACCCCCAACUCUAACCAAGUUUACCUUGAUGGAUGGUUGAAAGAUGGCCAAAAAGAAAAAUCCAACCCUAACUCCAACCAAGCUUACCUUGAUGGCUGGUUGAAAGAUAGUCAAGCAAAAUCCAACCCUAACUCCAAUCAAGUUUACCUUGAUGGUUGGUUGAAAGACAUCCAAGCAAAGUCGACCCCCAACUCCAACCUAGUUUAUCUUGAUGGAUGGUUGAAAGAUGGCCAAAAGGAAACAUCAACCCCUAACGUCAAGCAAGCUUACCUUGAUGGAUGGUUGAAAGAUAGUCAAGCCGAGAAAACAAAAUCCACCCCUAACUCCAACCAAGUUUACCUUGAUGGAUGGUUGAAAGAUAACCAUGACAAAUCCAACCCUAACUUCAAUCAUGUUUACCUUGAUGGCUGGUUGAAAGACAACCAAGCAAAGUUGUAA